AUGGCCUUUAGUCGUCGUCACCCAAAUCUCGGCGAUGUUGAUGUCGAUGACCCCGCCAACCACGCGCGCUUUCUUGCCAUCCUCCAUGGAACUUUCAGUGACAAAACCCCCAAAGGAACCGUCUAUACCCCAUCUGGAAUUGACGUUGAUGAGGCCGGGGUUUUGCCUCACCUCGCUGCGCGACCAAGACCAGCUGCAAACCAGACUAAGAGCGCUCUUGGAAAUGACAAUGCCCACCCUUCCAAAGCGGAUCUGGUGAACUACAAGAGCUCCUCACUCCAGAAAGUUUCAAGUGGGCGACGCAGAUCUUACCACAGCACAACCUAUAUAGAUAGUGUUGUUGCCGAUUUUCGCCGAGGACAGCAAGACGCGACUGCUGCUCCAGUUCACAGUUCUGUUGAGACUGAGAUCGCCGAGACCUCGACUGUUGUUGGAACCCCAGAGACAAACAACGACGACAACGCGUCUGAUUCUUCUACUUCCUCUCAUCCUCCAGCAAUCACCUCUUCUGACGAAGAAUCGGAGACCUACGCGCCUGGAGAAUCCGACUUCGACGACAGUUCUUCAAUUCAGGUUGAAGUAGAAAGCGACAUUGAUCCUGACGACAACGGCGUUACACUACCCAGUGAUUCUACCAUCCUUUCUUCUGUCACUCAACUCGCCCUAUUGAGAAUGCCUCUCCAACCUCCCAACAGUCCUACCAGUUCGAUCAGCGCAAACCUUGGAAAUAGUGAAGCUGAUAAGAUGAAUGGCGAAAACCGUGAGAAUCUCACCCAUUUCAACUCUUGGGGUGCAGUUGCUGCCAGAGAUGAUAAGCCCAAGUCUAAAGUCCGCACUGUCAUCCUUACAGGUCUUCCUGCUACCACCGACUUCACUCUGGUUCAAUCUUUCAUCCACGGCGGUGUCAUUGAGACUAUGAGAAUAUUGCCUGCCAAGACUGAGACUGGUAUCACCACUGCAUACGUGACUUUUACUACCCAAGAAGCCUUCAAGCAGUACUUUGACAAGUAUCCCAAUGGAUUCGAAGUUCGCGAGAAGGGCAAGAAGUUCAACAUCCUGGUUGAUAAGCAGGAUCACGUCGACGUCAUGAGCAGUGUUAUGCAAGGCUAUCUCGAAUGUGGUGCGACUCGUGUUCUCAAGGUGAGCGGCGCAGAAGAUGACUGGGGUAUCGUGGCCUUGCACAAGCUGGCUACUGGCAAGCCUGGCACUCGUCAAGUUGAGGCCAUUACCGACACUUUCCGCAACUCGGUCCGCACCAUCUACUUCCGUUUCACCAACAUUGGUGAUGCUGUGAAGUUCAAGGGAACUCUUGUUCGCGACUACAAUUGGGAGGCCUGCACCAUUGAAAUCGGCGAGGAUCCUUGUGAGAAAGCAACUGCCAUCCGCAAUGAUCAGGUUUAA